AUGCAAAAGGGUGUCCAAUUGUUAUUUAACAAAACUCACACUUGGAUGACUAAUGAUGAAGGGUUGCAGCGUCAGCUGCUUCAAGAAUUACAAAAACAACGAUUCCAACAAUUGGGUCAUCAGUUAACUUCAAUCUGUUGGGAUAAAUGUGUUACAAAAUUAAGUACUUCACUUGACUCUAGAACUGAGAAUUGUAUAGUUAAUUGUGUAGAGCGUUACAUUGAUGUUUCCGGCGCACUUACUCGUCGUCAGAAUGAAACACGUUUAGGAUUUAUGGAUGUACAACCUAAUGAUUAG